UCGAGGUUCUCCCAUAUCCAUGGCGUCAUCUCUCUCUUCUCUCCAAUUCAAAUUCCGCAUACCAAAACAACCCAAAUCCAAACCCAAAUUCCCAUUCAACUUUUCAAAUCCUACUCUCUGCACCGCAUCGCCAAAUGACUCCACCACACGCACCACCACCAAUCGCCGCCGUAACCCGUCAACAAUCCGACCAACUCUUCGCAGACAGAACAACUUAAACCAAAAACUCACCACCCCAUCUCCACCAGAUGCCGAUUUAAUGAGUUUAUGCAAAAACGGUUUGAUCAAAGAAACGAUAGAGUUGAUGUCUCAAGGCGUCCCAGCAGAAUACGACGUUUUCGAGGUCGUUUUAGAUUUGUGCGACGAUCUUGAAUUGGGGAAGAAAGUUCAACAGCUUCUUAUUCGAUCUCCUUUCUAUGGUGAUGUGAAAUUAAACUCUAAAUUGGUGGGUUUGUACGUAAAAUGCAGCAGUAUGAGAGAUGCACGCAGGGUGUUCGACAGAAUGCGUGAACGAAAAAACUUAACAUUAUGGCAUUUGAUGAUCAAUGGAUAUGUAGACAACAAAGAACCCAAUGCAGGUUUGUUGUUAUAUGAUCAAAUGAAAGAUUUGGGAUUGACUCCAAAUGAGGAAACUUUUAGUUUAGUUUUAUUGGCUUGUGUCGGUAUUGAUUCGGUUCAUGAAUGUUUACUACACUUUAAAACAAUGAAGGAUAAGUAUAAUGUAGUUCCAAAGAUUGAACAUUAUUUGCGGGUUAUCGAUGUUUUGGGGAAUGCAGGUCAUCUAAAUGAAGCUAUGGAGCUUAUAGAAAACAUGCCUUUUGAACCUACAGUUGAAAUCUGGGAAUCAUUGAUGAAUUUUGCUCGAAUCCAUGGAGAUAUUGAGCUUGAAGACCAUGUUCAAGAAAUCUUGGCAUCGUUUCAACCAUCGAUGGUGCUAGUCGAUAAGCUUCCUUUAGGAAGGAAGCAAUAUGCAAGUAAUAUGCUUGAAGGAAAGAAUAAGACCGAUGAAUACAGAAACCCAGAUCCGUAUAAGGAAGACACGUAUAAGAACGUAAACGGUUUAAAUGGUCAAAUGAGAGAUGCAGGGUAUGUGCCAGAUACCCGGUAUGUGCUUCAUGACAUUGAUCAAGAAGCCAAAGAGCAGGCUUUGAUGUAUCAUAGCGAGCGUUUAGCGAUUGCAUACGGUUUAAUCAGUACUCCAGCAAGAACAACUCUUAGGAUCAUCAAGAACCUCAGGAUAUGUGGCGAUUGCCAUAAUGCUAUCAAGAUUAUGUCCAAGAUUGUCGGGAGAGAACUAAUCGUAAGAGACAACAAGCGAUUCCAUCAUUUUAAAGACGGUAAAUGCUCGUGUGGAGAUUACUGGUAACCUUUUUCGACUAAUAAUUGAUAGGAGAUCAACUUCUGCAGAUGUUCAGUGUAUAUUAUAUGCUUGUUAUAUGAUCUAUAAAACAGUUUCUAAUGAAUAUAACAGAGAGUGAUUCUCACUUUCUUUGGAUCAAAAAUGCAUGUUACAGAUCUUAUUUUUAUGUACACUGUUUGGAUCUCGAUAUGUAACAUAUGCCCUGCAUUAUUCUCAAUCUAAGCAAUUAUUGC